UCAUGGAGUUUGUUAUGAAAAAUCAAACGGAGUCACUGGUCGAGUUCAGGUUUUUCAGAUCCACACUGAGAUUUGUGUGACGAUGCACCAGCUCUCCGCCCACACCGUGCGUCUGCUGUCCAGCGCUCAGGUCGUGGCGUCGGUGCUGAACGUGGUGAAGGAGCUGACGGAGAACGCCCUGGACGCGGACGCCACCGCCAUCGACGUCAAACUGGAGAAUUUUGGCCUGGAGCGUAUCGAGGUGAGGGAUAACGGGAUUGGGAUCAGAGCCGAGGACGCUCCGGUGAUGGGCGUCCGACAUUUCACCUCCAAAAUCAGCUCCCACGAGGAUCUGGAGACUCUGCAGACGUACGGCUUCAGAGGAGAGGCGUUAGGCUCCAUCUGCGCCGUGGCCGAGGUAACUGUGACCACAAAGACCAAGGACGAUGACGUGAGCGUUCAGUACAGUCUGGACUCCAGCGGCAACAUCGUCUCUCAAAAGCCCUCUCACCUGGGACAAGGUACAACAGUGAGCGUGCAGAGGCUGUUCAGAAACCUCCCCGUGCGCCGGCAGCUCUACUCCUCCUCAAAGAAGUGCAGAGAGGAGCUGAGGAGGAUACAGGAAGUGCUCACCGCCUUCGCCAUCGUCAAGCCCGAGCUCAGGAUCGCACUGUAUCACAACAAGGUGGUGGUGUGGCAGAAAUCCAAAAUGGCCGACCUCAGAAGUGCCCUGGUGGCGACUCUGGGCCCGAGCGCCGUGUCCAACCUGCUCCGUGUUCAUCACCGGCACCAGGAGCCUGAGGUCGUUUUGGAGGGUUUCUUCCCUAAACCUGGUGCAGACUCCAGCUCCUCCGGCCCCGACAAGAGCUUCAUCUACAUCAACGAGCGCCCCGUGCAGAACAAAGACAUCCUCAAGCUGGUCCGGGGGCGAUACUCGGCGCAGUUCUCAGACGACGUGAGGAGCAGAUUUCCGACCUUCGUGCUCAGAGUCUGCGUUUCUGCGGCGACGAUCGACGUGAACGUGACUCCGGACAAGACCCAGGUCCUGCUGCACCACAAGGACGCUGUGUUGGCCGCGGUAGAAGAUUUACUCACUUCUCUUUACGGCCCCAAACCUACCGCCAAAGACCGUCCGGCAGAGGAGCGACCUGGUCCCACGGCGUCUAAAAACGCGUCGAAUUCGGCCGAAGAUUUUGAACCGAAGAGACGAGAUAUUUGUACAAAGACCGCGACAACGAUCAACAAGAAUACUCAAGUUUCUAACGAGGAAAACUCCAAAAACAGAAGCGGCGACGUCUCGUUACACAGCCAGACUUCGAACAGCAGCUCGUCUUCAUCCGUAGCUGAAGACUGGAUCGUUAACCAGAUCCCUUCAAACUUUUCCAUUUGUGACGACGAAGGAUUGUCUCAAAAUUGCGCGAAAGAGUCGAGUUUUACCACAGAUUCUCCCGAUAAACUUGAAUCGGACAAUUUAGAAACGCGCAAGGACAAAUUUACGGUAGAAGAUUGGAGCAGAGGGACGGCGUUAAGAGAUCCAGAGUCGAACCAACCGCUGCAGCCCGUCACGAUUCUUCAACCAAAUUCGGGAACUUCUAACAAAGAUCUUAAUAAGAAAUCUGAAAUUCCAGUUUCAAAUUCCAUAACAGAAAAACGUGCCGCGCUGACGGCUUACGAUGUUUUGGCCAACCGCGCCGUGAGGGCUCCAGCGUCUCCAGCCGCUCUGUUCGAGAAGGAGACGAGGGCUGAAAUCAUAUCCGAAAAUCCCAAAGCUUCCCUACACGAAAUCAACGAAAUCGUCCACGAAAGAUGGAAAACGCUGAGCCAGGAGGGGAAGAGGAGGUUUGAAGACAAGGCCCAGAAACACCUGGACCUCCACGAACGGGCCAAAGCGACGUCGUUUUGUGAAGUGUCCGCCCCCAAACGACUCGCCGUUCAGGGGCAGAAACGUAAGGCGGCCCCCCUGUCCAACCAGCAGCUCCUGGACGAACUGUUCUCUGCUCAGGUCCCGAAAAAGACAAAGACCGCGCCGUCCGAAAAACCCUCUCGCUCGGUCCGCUGUAGCCUGGUGUCUCUCAGGCAGAACCUCCUCCGCCUCUCCUCCUCCUCCUCCUCUCGCUCCUCCUCUCCUCCCCUCGGGCUGUACCCCCUCUGCCGUCUCUCCUCCCAGGGGUCAUGGUUGGUACUUUCCGGGCGUGAACUCCAAGUGUUGAACCCGUUCCGAGUGGAGGAGGCUCUGCUUUUUAAGAGGCUUUUGGAGAAUAGUGUCCUACCAGCAGAAGAUCUGAAGGAGCCCAUAGAGUUGACGGAAGAGGUCCUUGGCGGGGCGGAGUUCAUGACGGCUCUGCGCGGGAUGGAGCGGCACGGCCCGGGUCUGGACGGCGGCGUUCACUUCUCCGAUCCCAGGCUCGUGGCGAACGGGUUCAAAAUCAAGCUCCACCCAGGUGCGGGACGGGUGCAGGUGGUUGCCGCGGCGACGUGCGUGCCGUUCCUGGGCGUCCCGGACCUCAGGGAGAUCCUCGUGGCCGCGGCGCAGAAGAGGAGCGGAGACGUGUCCGGGUGCAGGCCGCUCAAAGUCUGCAACUACCUCAAAGGCGAAGCGGUGCGGCUCGUGCGUCAGAUGCCCUCCCGUUUCUCCAGAGCCGAGGUGACGGAGACUCUGCGGAGGAUGUGCGCGGAGCUGGAGCGGAGCCACGGGACCUGUCUCCACGGGCGGCCGUUCCUGCGCCCCCUGGUGGACCUGCCCCGCACUGACGAGGAGGCGCGCACCCUGGCUGCACCCGCCGCCCUCUGA